CAUAUAUACAUGCGUCUGUGUGUGUAUAUAUAUAAACAAGUGUGUGCUUCAUCGAAUUCAGGUUAAUAUAUCGCCUUCUCUCUUCGACAUUAACAUCGUCUCUGUCGAAUAUUUCGCUAGCUGUUGUGGGGUUUAUUUGAAGACAUGGUGUUACCGUGGAGAAGACACGAGAGGAAGAGACGCCAAGGCAAGAAACUAGAAAUCUCCGGCGGGGAAAUAAAGAUUCCGGCGGAUUUCCGGUGUCCCAUUUCACUAGAUCUUAUGAAAGAUCCGGUGACUCUAUCAACCGGAAUAACGUACGACCGGAACAGCAUCGAGAGCUGGUUCGAGUCAGGCAAAGACUCAUGUCCCGUGACGAACCGAACCCUCGAUCACACCAACCGAACCGUACUGAUCCCGAACCACACGAUGCGUAAGAUGAUCCAAGAAUGGUGCGUGGAUCACCGUUCGUACGGAAUCGAGCGCAUCCCAACGCCACGUGUCCCGUUGACUCCUCGAGAAGUGUCGGAGAUUUGCAAGAAAUUAAUGGAAGCUGUCGUCCGUCAAGACAAUGCGAAGUGUUUGGAGAUCGUUGGUAAGAUCAAGAAUCUGGGCAGGGAGAGCGAGAGGAACAAGAAAUGCUUGGCUCAGAACGGCGUCGUUUCAGUCCUGUCUUCUUGUUUCGAGAGGUUCUCAUCGGCGGCGCGUGAGAGACACAUGGCUCUGUUGGAGGAAGUCAUAUCGGUUCUCGCGUGGCCGCUUCUGGUCCGAUCAGAGGGUCUCUCCAAGAUCAUGGGAACUGCAUCCUCUCUACGUUGCAUCGUACAUUUCUUGAACAGCUCGGAUCCCUCGGCGAGACAAAACGCAGCCUUUUUGCUCAGGGAGGUUGUUUCUUCGGACACAAGUUACGCCCGUACACUUACGGACAUAGAAGGAGCAAGCGAAGGACUUGUCAACCUUAUCCAAAACCCAACUAGCCCCAACUCCACAAAAUCUUCUCUAAUGGUGAUUUAUCACAUGGCGACAACUAACGACCAGACAGUUUCGAGAUUCGUCCAGAUGGGUCUGGUCUCGUCGAUCACAGAAAUGGUUCUGAACACGGAGAAGGGCAUUAGCGAGAGAGCUCUAGUUGUUCUCGACGCCAUAUGCAAUGAUGAACAAGGAAGAGAGGCAAUUCUGAGGAACGACUUGAUCGUUCCUCUUCUGGUGAAGAAGAUUCUCCGGGUAUCGGAUUUGGCAACGAUGUGUUCGAUCUCGAUUCUGUGGAAGCUGGGGAAGAAAGAGGAAAGUGUUUUGGUGGAAGCUCUUCAGGUCGGGGCCUUUGAGAAGCUUCUCGUGGUUCUGCAGGUUGGGUGUGAAGGUGAGACGAGAGAGAAGGUGAGCGAGUUGCUCAAGAGAUUGAAUCUUCUUAGGAACGAGGUUGGGAUGAAGUGCGUGGACUCUGAUUCAUCCAUGCGCCUUAAGUAUGUGAAAAGGUCAUUCUAAUGUAAAUUGCAAUAUGUAUUAUAUAUUUUUUUUUGUGGGAAUAUAAUUUUUUUUUAGACUGAGAUAAAACUAAUCGUAGGAUUAGAAACAAAUUAU